CCUUCAGCUAUUGAACUACCCCAGUGAUGUUAGUAAGACUGUCUUAGACAUCUUUGAUGAAGAUGAUGAUGGAAUUAUAAACUGGAAGCAAUGUUUAGGUGGACUGACUUUAUUUGCUAGUGGGAAGAAUUCUGAAAGGAUUGAUUUACUUUUUCAACUGUACCAGCUAUGUGGGAGGGCAAUCCAGAAAGAGGAGCUGUCGGGUGUCCUAACUACAGUCCUCCUGGCUGCCCAGAGAAUUUACCUCAGGAGUACAAAAAAUGGUUAUCAAGGUGCUGUAUAUUACAUGAAUACAGGGUCAGUGGUUACAGAAAUAAUUGACAGCAUCUACAGUAAUAAGAAUGAAGAGAUUUGCCUUCCUGAGUUUCUCAUCUGGGCUGAGAGUAACAAACAGUUGUUGGACACAGUCUGUAGAAUAGACUGUAGUAAGUCCCCUCCCAAAGAUACUAAUGAUGAUGACACAGAUUCCCUAACCAAUCAAAAGAUCUGUUACGUAUGGUCACAGAUUACUCAGGAAAAUGAGGCUAAGAAACCUUCUUCAAGAUCAAAACAAGCAUCCUGUUUACUUAAUGGGUGUAUUUACAUCUAUGGAGGAAGGGAUGGUAGUAUGGGCAUGAAAGAUCUGUGGAAAUAUGAUAUAGUGAAGAACAAGUGGUCAUCUAUUCAGUUUAAGGGUGAGAGGCCAUACUACUUGGAGGAACACACUAUGGUAGCUUACAAGGGUAAGAUUUAUCUGUUUGGUGGUGAGUUUGGCUCGACUUACUCUGAUGAAGCCCCUCUAUGGAUAUUCUGUACAAGUUCAGAGACCUGGGAGAAACAUCAUAUAGAUUCAGAGGUGUUGAGUCCAGACAGUAGGAGGGGCCAUACAGCUGUUGUAUCAUCUAAUGCCAUGCAUAUAUAUGGGGGAUACAUUGAUCUUAAAGGUUCCAAUAGUGAACUAUGGUGCUUUGAUUUUGAAACAGAAGCAUGGCACUUGGCCUACUCGACUUCCCUCCAAAAUGAAGGUCCAGGGGCGAGACAUUGGCACAGUGCAGUUGUGCAUGAUAAUUCUAUGUGGGUGUAUGGAGGAAUGCAAGAUCUUGCACCAAAGGAUGACUUGUGGCAGUGGAGUUUCAUUACCAGAAACUGGUCACGCGUCAAAACAAAACCUGGACCAGGUAGCCUGUUUGGCCACACAGCCACUAAAGUUGCCGAUGGUAUGCUCCUGUAUGGUGGGGAGAUAGAGGGGGUAUUAAGGAAUGAACUCUGGAAAUAUCACUUUGGAUCUCAAGUUUGGCAGAAGAUUCUAAGUCCUUCUAUUAUAGCACCUCCAAGAAUUUGGCACAGUAUGUGUCUGGUUACUCCACUGAAUCUUGCUGCUUCCCAGGCUGACAGGACACAAUCAGUGCCUUAUCUGCGGGACAGCCAUGACCAGCCUGAUGCAAAUCAUGACACACCACAAAGACCAUAUUCUAGCCCUCCAGUGAUCUCAGAUAACACAGGACCAGUGUUUAAGAAUCGAGUGUCUCCUUUACCCAGUCCCAUGAAGGAUUAUUAUGAAUCAAAUUUACAAGAACAUGUGAAAUCGAAUCAGGUGGUGCCUGUAAACAAGAAAUCCAAUCAACCACAAAUAUUGAGUCCUUCUGGCAAUAUCAUGCGGAAUAUAGCCUUCAAAUCUGCAUUACCGAAACGACAGCUUUUCAAGGAGACUGAGGACACAAAAAAGCUGCUACAUUAUGGCCAAUCAGAUUCCACCGAUUCUAUGAAUAUGCUAAGCUUUGAUAAUAUUACCUAUAAAGGAAGUCAAGAUUCUUUACUUGGUUCUCGAGAAAAAGUUCGUCCAAAUAACUGUGAUAAAAAUUUGUCCAAUUUGAAGUCUAAGUACAAACUGAAAGCCAGUAUUUUACCUGAUAAAUCAGUUUUAUAUAGAUUGACUCGUUCUAGAGAGAAACUAUCGAAAUCCAGUAGUAUUGAGACACUGGAUUUGAAAAAUGAACGGAAUGUUUCCAGAAAUCCAGGAUCUAUGGUCCAACAGACUCAUGAUUUACAACGAAAAUGUAUCAGUAUUGGUGAUCUCACCCAGGGGUGCACAACAGAUGACUACGUCCCAGGAUUAGUACGCAGUGGGUCGUUAGAAUCCCUUACUUCAUCCCCUAGGGGGGAGAUCACAUCAUUUACUCAACUUGAUCAAAUUAUUAGUCAAAGUGAUGAAAUGGAAUCCAAACAAAGCUCAGGUGUUAAUAUACACAUUUUGAAUAACCAUAGAUCUGAAACAUACCAGGAGAAAUAUGAAGAUAUUAACCUUGUUGAUAUUGAGGAUUAUGACUAUGAUGCAAUAAACCAAGAUGAUACCAGUACUACACAGCAUAAUAUAUUGAACAAUUGGAUGAUGAAGGGUUCCAAGGAAGAAGAGGAGCUGCUGAGCCCAAGUCUGCCAUAUCUUAUUGGAAAUCAGCAUUCCAUACCAAAAACGGACACAACUGUAUUGCAAUAUGGAUACUCACAAACUGAAUCAAAUCAAGUCUGGAGUGAUACAAUAAUUACUGUACAACAAAAUGGUAUAUGUAAAACUGAACAGAGCUCAAUUGAAAAAUAUAGGAGAUCAGCAAGAAAAGUUGAAGUGAAAUUUCCAGCUGACUCUCCCACCAGUAAUAACAACAAUUUUGAAUCCUCUAGUCAUGAAAGUAAACCACAAACUGAUAUCACCAAGGUACAUGAAGUGUCUGCAAACAAUGCCAAGUAUAUGGCUGAUCCCACCAGUAUUGAUAAGUAUAGAUGUCAGCAGCAAGCAACAAAAGGUCAAGGUCGAGGUCAUGCGCGGUCACAUACCCACCAGGGUACAGUGAUCAAAAAAGAUGUAGUGAAUACCCGGAAUGUUCCAAAAGAUCUCUUCUGCUCACAGGGUAAAAAGAAGCACGCUAUAGCAAAUACAAGCUUGCUGGUGAUUGGGGGUCGGGAGAGUAAGUCUAAAAACAUCACCAUCAACCCAAUAACAAUAUGGAAGUGUGAACUUAUACCAGGUUGCCAUAGGACACCACAGCAAAUCCGAAGAUUACACAAGGAACUGAACCCUUCAUAGCCUCUCUACACAAUCAUUGUACAUGUUCUGUAAUACCUAGGAGAUUACAAUCAAAUAUUGUCCAUACAAAAAGUCUUGACGGCCAUAGGACUUUUUCGUCUCCAAAUUACAGAGAUGCAAUGCUUUGAGUAACAUAUUCAGAAAAAUGUGAUAUUGUAUUGUAUAAGUAGAUAUCUAAAUCCAGUAUAUAUUAUUCAGGGAUAUUAUUUGGUCAAGGUAUGACUAAGAAAUAACCAACUGUGUAUUAUUACAUUAUUAUAUUGUAUGUGUAUUGUGUAUGUGUAUUGUGUAUGUUUGCAACCACGAUAGGAGAUGCAUUUUGAUGUUACAUAUCCUCGCAAUAUGAACCCUUUCAGCUUGUUCCAUAAUAUUCAGGUUUUACAGGGAUUUGAUCCCCUUCACUCCAGAUCUAUGUAGACAUUAAUUACUACUUGUUACAUAUUGAAAAUCAUACUGAAUGACACUGUAUUUACACAUGCUGUACAUUUAGCUUUAAAUCGUGUAAUUUCUAACAUAUCCAAUGCAACUCCUUCCAGGCUAAUUGUGUGUCUUGAUUUUUCUCACAACCAGCAUUAGUAUAAUGUAUGCCUUUUUGCCAGGUGCCAAAGUUGCAAUAUUUUCAAAUCUAUUUUUUAAUCUAUUCUCUUUAUGUCUGUUUGUCUGUCUGUCCAUCAAUCAACUUAUUUGGGGCAUUUGAAAGCUGGAAUUUAUCUGAACGAAGGCUUGUCCAUGCUGAUAAUUUAUACCAUUAUUCCCAGCUCUUUUGCCACCUUUUCAAAUUUUCCCCUUUUGAGCACCAUUUUGCUGCUUGAGCUAUAUCUAAACAAGGCAUUAACAUGCAAAAUGUCACCACCAUAUGUUACAGAU